CUUACACAGACACCAUCACAUUGGAUUACGCGCAGCUUUAUCUUUGUCCAGCGCCAAUUAGUGGCCUCACACCGCAGCAGCAGCAACAUCCAACGCAGCCGCCGCAAUAUAGUAUCACAACAUCACGUAUAACAUCAACAUCCACACCCACACAUUAUAGUCUAUAUAGCGCCAAUCCGAACGUAUACGCUUUAAUUGGUACGAGUGGUGGUGGUGGUGGCAGUGGUAGUAUAAGCGGUGUUGCCACUUCUAUUGGUCGCAAUUAUACGCCGACGGAUUUUGAAACGACUACUGCGGCAAAUACCGCACACACCGACAAAACGCCUCCCCAAUUGCAAGCACAUCAACAUCAACACCAACAAUCACACCAAACACAUCAACAACAUCACACAUAUCAGCAACAGCAACAACAACAGCAACACCAGGAACAACAACACCAUCAACAGCAACAGGAUACACAACUGCCUCAACACGACGACAGUUGCGAAGAAUUCAAUAACAUCGCAAACGAAACAAACUGUUUCGGGAAGAAAAGAAUGAUGGUCAGCAAAUUGUGGAAUAGCUGUUUUCCAGAAUUUAUGCCUGAACACGUGCAUAGACACAACUUCUAUUUGUGUCAGUGGCAACGCAAUACACAAGUGCGAAUUGUCUACCUUUUUUAUCGGUGGAUAACCGCUAUAACAUGCUUAGCGGCAUUAGUUUGCUCACUACUCGAUAUCGGUCGCACUGAUGAACACUUUGAGAAUCACUAUGCCAAAUGGUGGAUAUAUCUAACUCAUUGGGGUCUAUUAUUUUGCACCAUACAAGCAUGGCUGGGAGCUUGGAUAGUUACACAAGGAAUGAUGGUGGAACGUGAAGAUUUCGAAAUUGUGCGACAGGCAAAGAAAAGCCGCCUUCAUCAUCUAUAUUGGGUAUUGUAUACUUGUGCAACUGUUUACUCCUUUAUUAUCACCAUGUGUUACUGGCUAUUAGUACAUAAUCCAGAUACUCACAAAAUAGAUGCAUUAAACAUAAUGGUACACGUCUUGAAUUCGGUUAUUAUGCUUAUCGAUCUAGCGAUUGUAGGACAUCCUAUCAAAAUGAGUCAUGCUUAUUUUACCACUGGUAUUGGUCUCACAUAUGCAAUAUUUACAGGCAUCUACUUUUUGGCUGGCGGAACUGAUAGAAAAAAUAAUACUGCAAUAUAUCCUAUGCUGGAUUGGACCAAACCUGGCAAAGCUAUUAUCGUUACUGCAUGUGCUAUUAUAUUUGUAUUUGUAGUGCAUUUCUGUUGUUAUCUUCUGUACCGUGGACGUGUUUGGCUGUUUACUAAGCUUUGCAUACGUGGAUCACAUAAUCGCGAUGGUGAUAUGGGCGAAGGUCUUAAUGAUGAUUCCGGUUCACGUAUGGGUGGAGGCAGUAGUCAGGACUAUGCACACCAACAACAAUAUCCAAUUUUACACUCUGAACAGCCACACCAUUCCCACCAUCAGCAGAUGCCCACAACAACACCACCUACGCAGACAGUACAACACCAUGGUGCUGGCAUGUUGCCAACGCCUUCACACACCUCACCACAAUACCAUCCGCAAUAUUCCGGCUAUCAACAACAGCCAGUUGUGGCUGGUGUUAAUGUGGGUGUCAUUAGUGCGAGCGGCAUUUAUCAUCACGAUAACAAUAAUAAGUUGAAGGGUCACACAUCGGUUACAUCGACAUCGGCUCUGAGUCGAACAGUAGCACAUUUGGAUGCAGCACAACGUGAACAAUUCCUAAAUCCGAAUAAAAUUGUGGAGUAUAAAAUGUAAAGGCGUUGUACCCGGCACCGGUAUACGUUCCACUUGUCCAUGAAAUUUUUGGAAAAAUAUUGUGCGCAGUGUCAAGCGGCGAAGGAACAAGCAAUGGCGGAGAGGGAAAAACUAGAACAGCAACAACAAGAACAAUGUUGUUGAAGUAGGUCUUAUAGAUUG